UCGGUCCUUUCCGGAGCCGCUCGGCAUAGCUCGUCCUCUCUCCUUCCACUGCAGCGCCCUCGCGGAGCGGACUGGCCCGCUCCUCUCAUCCGAGACCCAAAAGCUCCCUGUCGGAUCUAUUCAACGAGCAGCGCCGGCUCCCCGGAAGCCCUCAGCUCGUGCACAGAUGCAGGCUAUCAAAUGCGUGGUGGUGGGCGACGGGGCUGUGGGUAAGACCUGUCUGCUGAUUAGCUACACCACCAAUGCAUUCCCUGGUGAAUACAUUCCCACUGUCUUUGACAACUACUCUGCCAAUGUGAUGGUGGAUGGGAAACCAGUCAAUCUGGGCCUUUGGGAUACAGCCGGACAGGAGGACUACGAUAGGCUCAGACCAUUAUCUUACCCACAGACGGAUGUGUUCUUGAUAUGCUUCUCCCUGGUCAGUCCGGCUUCCUUUGAGAACGUCCGAGCUAAGUGGUACCCUGAAGUGAGACACCAUUGCCCCAACACACCCAUCAUCUUGGUGGGCACCAAACUAGACCUGCGAGAUGACAAGGACACCAUUGAGAGGCUGCGGGACAAGAAGCUCUCCCCCAUCACGUACCCACAGGGUCUGGCCAUGGCUCGAGAGAUUGGGGCUGUAAAGUACCUCGAGUGUUCUGCGCUGACCCAGCGAGGCCUGAAGACGGUGUUCGAUGAGGCCAUCCGAGCAGUGCUCUGCCCUCCACCUGUGAAGAAGAGAGGAAAGCGAUGCACCAUGUUGUGAGAAGAAGACACUGCAAAAAACAUGUCACUGCAAGUCAUUAAACUAGAACCACUACAUCUGUAAGAGGAUGAGGAGCGAAAAUUAGCUUGAGUGGGUGUGCACUGCUAAGAUUGCUUUCUUUAUACAGUAUUGAUGUUUUUUCAAUGCGAUAUUGGUAACAGGACCAAUAGUUCUCUGAUUGUGUUUCAAUACUGAAUAUCACUAAAUAAGGUAAAAUACAUUAACUGUCCACCUACAGUACUUUCUACUCAUAGAACCAAUCUGAGUUCCCAUGAGGGCUAACAUAGGUUUCUAUUUCUCGUCUUACACUGCUGCGUCCCGUCUUUCUUAGUCCUGCUUGCUUGAAUGAAUGCAGUGCUGACUGAUAGAACGUGAACUGUGAAAAUGUCUAAAGCGUACCAAGUAAAUUAUUAGAUUAGAAUAUUAACACGAGGAACUACUUUAAAAAAUAGCCAUCUACAGUAGUCUACAACUAGUCUUGAAAUUACAAUUCAAGUAUGAUGGCAUCAAGAAACUGUUAGUGAGCACAAUGAAAAAGCCCAUUUUGGUUCUCUGGAAUUGAAACGCAAAGACUUCAAGGUAGUAAUGAUACUUCACCAUUUUGCCCUUGGUAACAUAAAACCUGAAUAGCUGAAUAUAUCAGUGAAUGCAAUGACAUAAAAAUAGUAAGUAAUCAUUAAAUAGAAUCACUAGGUUAACAUGAUGGAAAAAGAUUUUAGAUUAGGUAAAGUUUAGCUAUUAGAAAACAAGUUUUGAAAUUUGAAAUGAAUGAUGAUCUGAACAUUUUAGAUAUGGGGAAAAUAUUUUAAAUGGUGGAGUUGGAAAAUCUGUUUUGUAAAAUUUUGAGAGUAUUAAUUGACAUGAAAUACUUGAAAAUGAAAGACUGCUUGAAAUACCAAGGACCAUUUUGGUCAAUUUGUCUGCAAAUUUGGAGGUGAAAGUGAUCAUCCCUCUCAGUGCCAACAUUUUAAUUGCACAUUUUUAAUGUAAAAUUUUUUAAAUAUUAUCUGAAAAGGUUUUAAGGCUCUCCUUAACCUAAGAACCUUGAUCGACCUCUGUAUCAAAAUAAAUUGUUACAAAUGCAAAUGAAUAAUGAAGGUACUGUCCUGUACUUCGACAACCCAGAACCAAUUGGUUCAGGGUACAAGAUGGCUUAACUUUAUGUUUUGGGACAACUACUGUACCUGGUCAAUCUCGUCGGUGGACUAUUUUUUCUCUGUGUUAAAUCUAUAUUCCUAAAAAGUUACAUUAAAAAAAAUGUAAUGUUAUGGUUUGCCUAAAGACAUUGACUCCAAUGCCCACCUUGGAUGAGUGAUCAAACAAUUUAGAAAAUCUAUUAUUGUGGGGAUAAUAAUAGAUCAAUAUAGAUGUAUAGAUCAAUUCUGCCCAUCUAUUUUUACUACACACAUUUCCAACAGAAUGACGGAAUAUUAAAAAUAUCCCAACUGGACUCAAUAAAAGUAAUUUAAUCCCCGUGAUGAAAAUUACAACCGCAGCAGCAAGCGCUGAUCCAAACUAUGCUGUAAUUAAGAGACUGACAUGACAUUCAAAAGGGCAAUAUUGUGACUUUGAAUCCGAUUUUAUAUUUUGACAUGCACUUAAUCAUGUAAAGCAAGAUGAAGUCCUCCACUUCCCUGUUGGAUUACCUGGUCUUUUUGUUGUUUGUUGUCAAACAUCAUCAUCUUUUGUAACUGAAGUGUUCGAGUAACUUCAUCCUACUGUAACUGUGAACAAGUGACAGACAAACAUCAACAACCUUGCUGCCUCUGAGGGGAGAGGAGUUUGCAUGGGUCUUUAAAUAGUCGGCCAUUGUUUUUGAUGUUGUGUGCGUGCAUGCGUGCGUGCAAGAACAUUGUUUGAUAGUUUGGGGGAAGUGCAUGAAAGACAGUAUUGUUUUAAGCCGAGUUUUUAGUGUCACAUUUUGGGGACUAUUUCAUAUUGUACUAUAGUAAUAAACGUGACUGACAAAAGGAAAUACUAUCUCACAAAGGUUAAAUAGGAUUAGACUCAUUCUCUUCUAAUAAUUAUUAGAAAAUAAAUGCUUCAUGAAUAUUUCAAUACACCUGAAUAUUUAGCUCAUAUAACUCGAAAAUGAGGAAAAGUGAUUCAUGUCGAAGUUGAACGUGGUGUUACUAACAUUGUCAAAUAAAAGGGGCCAAUUCUAGCUAACUUUCAGUGACUAAAAAAAUAAAAUCCGAAAUGCAUUUCUGUAUGGGGGGGGGGGGUGUCAGGGCUGUGGUGUGUCUCUCCCCACCUUGAUGGCGAGAUGCAGCGCUCUCACCUACUUUGUCAUGAUGGUGUUGUUUUUGGCUGCCAUAGCAAACGAUGUGGUUGAAUAAUGUUGUGUUGUCCUGCCUAGGUGAGGCGUCAAAGUGAAGCUGAAAAAAAUGCAGCACCAAUUCUUAAUCUACUACUGCAUGGAAACUGGUUAUUUGACACACUGUAAUUCUUGGGAAAAGGUUGAAAUGCAUUGGCCGUGUAUGUAUGUAAUGUAAUAUGAAUUGUAUACUUGUUCCAACUGUGUCUCAUUUUUUAAAAAAAAAUUUAUUACUUCACAUCUGUGUGGUUAAAUAUUUCAAUUUUUUGGAAUACUAAAUACAAAUGUAUAUGUACGUCUGGCUUUUUUGUCCCGAUUUGUUUGACACAAGUAAAAUCAUCAAAAAAAAGUGGAAUAAAAUUAUCUGGAUAUGUACACUUA